GAAGCUGACUGGAAUGCGAGACAAUAUCCUACAUAACAGUGUUCACAUAUCCUAACGCUGCUCGCAUAUCCUACAGGCAGCGACGUAGUUGUCGCAGCAACCGUUUGAAGGAAUGGCCUUCAUAUCAUAUAUCCGAACAAUUCGUGCAAGAGGUCGGCCGGUUGUCCCUUUAGCUCUUGUCCUCUGCAUCUAUACUUUCGCCAAAUACAAUUUUUCUCGCGACAAUGGUCGCCCAGCGAGUCUUAAUCCUGAAGCUCUGACUUCGAACACAGAAGCUUUUUCCAGUGUUGGUCAGAAUGGGGAGACGCAGACAGCCAGAAAAGAAGAAUUGGUCUUCUUCCUCAUUCAAUGUGAAGGUGUGGAAGGAUUUACACUGCAUCUGUUGCCAAGUUGGGUCGUUGUCACAGUCAUCAAUAACAGAUUUAAUCCUGUGUCAGGUACACCAACAGCCAACCAGGGGGGAAAUAAGGCAUCUGAUAUCGGUCGUCAGAUUCGUCAGGCCGCUGUAAUGCUGAAGUCAGCGGCCGCUUUGACCUCUACCUUUCUCAGGUUCCUGGUGAUUGCAGAUUCAAAGUCUUUAUACCAGCGGCUGGUGAAUACGACGUCGAACUGGCCUAUCGAGUACCAACAGCGCCUCUCCUUCGAGUACUACAACGUGUGGUACCCUCCGGGACGGGAGGAUAUGCGCAACAUGUUCCGGGUGUGCGCCACGGAGAGGCUCUUCCUGCCGGACAUGUUCCCCGACCUGGACGCGGCCAUUUACAUCGACACCGACCUCGUGUUCCUUCGUCCGCCGGAGGACCUGUGGGCCGAAUUCCGAAAGUUCAACGAUAGGCAAGUGGCUGCGAUGGCACCUUGUCUCUAUCACUAUGGCUCGACAAGGAACAAGAUCCCCUUUUACGGGUCGUCGGGCCUCAACGCAGGCAUCAUGCACAUGAACCUAACGCGCAUGAAGAGCUUCCCGGGAGGUGGCUGGACGCCGGCUGUCAUGAAGGUCUUUGACAAUUUCAGACAAAGGAUCAAAUUGGCUGAUCAAGACAUGCUGAACAUCCUGUUUCAUAAGCAUCCGCAGAAGCUUUAUGAACUGGGGUGCGAGUGGAAUUACCGCGUAUGGCAGUGUUCUCAGGGGAGUAACAUGUGCCCUCAGGCAAGCACCAACGGCGUGUCCAUUCUGCAUGGCAACGCCCUUGCAUUCGUUAGCGGUGCGGAAAGGAAAUUACAGCUCAGGAAGGUAGGGAUUAGCAAGGGCGAGUUGAACAAAGCUGACAAGGAAGAUGUAUGGGAGUUUGCAAAGAUGUCCGUAGA